GGGGGCAGCUGCGGCGGGAGCGGGAGGCCUAGAGGGGGCGUCGCGCGCGGGCGAAGGGAGCAGAGGCCGGGUAGGGCGACCUGCUGCGUGGCCUCCAGCCCCGGGCGCCCCCCGCCCCGCGCGUCUCCCAGCCGCGCGCGGCCCCCGCCCCAGCUCCGCCCCGCCCCUCGCGCGGGGUCCGCGUCUGCGGCUGCGUUCCCCGAAAGACGAAGCUGCGCCCCGGUUCCGGUCCGCAGGGAGACCGAAGGGCAUCGCUCCCCGCGCCGCGCCCGCUGCUGAGCCCGGAGUGCGGACACCCCAGGGAUCUCCCUGGGGAGAGAAGACACCCGCAGGUGCAGGGUGAAGGCUGCGGGGACCUCGGGCGGCCACCUCAUUGGAGAGGGCAGAUUUCUCUUCCCUGGCGGGGAGGCGGCCUGCGCCCCAGAGGACCCCUGCCUGUAGCCCCCGCGCCUCUCUCAGGCCCUCUCAGAGCAUGCUGCCUGCAGCCAUGAAGAGCCUCGGCCUGGCACUGCUGGCCUUGCUGCUGUGCCCCUCGCCGGCCCAUGGCCUGUGGUGCCAGGACUGCACCCUGGCCAAUUCCAGCCAUUGCGCCCCGAAGCAGUGCCAGCCGACCGACACCGUUUGUGCCAGCGUGCGGAUCACUGACCCCAGCAGCAGUAAGUCUGGACCUGGCAGGAAGGAUCAUUCUGUGAACAAGAUGUGUGCUUCCUCCUGCGACUUCGUUAAGCGGCACUUUUUCUCAGACUAUCUGAUGGGGUUCAUUAACUCUGGGAUCUUAAAAGUCGACGUGGACUGCUGCGAGAAAGAUUUGUGCAACGGGGUAGCAGCAGUGGGGCGCAGCCCCUGGGCCCUGGCUGGGGGGCUCCUGCUGAGCCUGGGGCCCGCUCUCCUCUGGGCUGGGCCCUGAGGCCCCUCCCUCCCUCCCUCCUGCAGGGCUUUGGAGCUUGUCCCCUGAGCGUCUUGCUGCCCCUCCCCAGCCUGGCCUGGCUAGGGCUGAGACAGCAAGGGCUUGGUAUCAAGGUCUGUGGCUCUCUCUCCACCUCCCUAGAUGUGAGCCUUCUCCAUUUCUCCACCAGCUCCAUAUCCCAGGCGGCUGGACAUCUCCAGGAGACCAGACAUCCUGGCAGGAAGCUGGGGUCGGGGGGAGGGUGAGGGCAAGGGACUGGGACCCUCCAGGUCCCCAAGGGGAGGGAGGCUAAGCCAGGGGCAGCCCAACAGCCUGGCUUGAGGGGCAUUAACUACAGAGAAAUAAAGUCACUUCUGAGUCUUGUGCCCGGG